AUGGAUACAAGCAGCACUGGAGGCAGACUGGAUAAUGAUGGAGACAUCACUUCAGUUAUGGGAUUCUCUGGCUUUGGAAAGAAAGCCCGCACGUUCGACCUGGACGCCAUUUUUGAACAGACCCGGCGUACAGCCAUCGAAAGGAGUCGACAAGUGUUAGAUGACAGACAGAAAGAAAUGGAGGCGCCAGGGGAAUGCUCAACAUAUGUCCCCAUACAAAAAGACACAGAAAAAGCCUCCAGAAAAGAGGACAUAAACAGCAGCAGUUCAGAUUUCAAACUUGUUGGCCCUCUACCGCAACAAAGAGACUCAAACCAAGUGGAGGAGGAUGAUCUGGUCGGCCCCCCGUUUCCUUUUGGUGACGAAGGCGGCACAACGCAGAGUGACAGCGAAGAUGAUGAAGAGGAGGAAAUUGACGAAGAUACUCCUGUCAAGAGGAUUCCGGACACUCACGAGAUCACCCUGCAACACGGCACCAAAACGGUGUCUGCUAUGGCCUUGGAUCCAUCAGGUGCCCGUCUGGUGACGGGCGGCUAUGACUUUGACGUACGCUUCUGGGAUUUUGCCGGGAUGGACAGAGCUCUCCAGGCUUUCCGCUCCCUCCAGCCGUGCGACUGCCAUCAGAUCCGAGCGUUGCAGUACAGUAUCACUGGGGACCGCAUCUUGGUCGUGUCGGGAAAUGCCCAGGCCAAAGUUUUGGACCGCGACGGCUUUAACGUAAUGGAGUGCAUCAAGGGAGAUCAGUACAUCGUUGAUAUGGUCAACACCAAGGGCCACACUGCGAUGCUCAACGACGGGUGCUGGCAUCCUAAACUGAAAGAGGAGUUCAUGACAUGCUCUAAUGACGGAACUGUGCGGACGUGGGACGUAAAGUCAGAAAAGAAUCACAAGUCUGUCUUCAAGCCUCGUUCUGUCCAAGGAAAGAAGGUCACACCCACAUGCUGUACUUACAGUCGUGACGGGAAGCUCAUAGCGGCUGGCUGUCAGGACGGGACUAUCCAAAUCUGGGACAGAAACCUGAGUGUGCACACAAAGUUCCACUGUCGGCAAGCCCACACUCCAGGAUCCGAUGUCUCUCGCCUUUCCUUUUCCUAUGAUGGCACUGUACUCGCUUCACGUGGAGGUGAUGACACGUUGAAGAUUUGGGAUAUACGCAACUUCAGGAAGCCAUUACACAUGGCUGGUGGACUGACAAACUACUUUGCUAUGACCGACUGCUGUUUUAGCCCAGACGAUCAGCUUGUUGUAACGGGGACCUCUGUGAAAAAAGAUGAGGGCAGUGGGAAGUUGGUCUUCUUUGACCGAAAGACCUUUGAGCAGGUUUACGAGAUUGAAGUUACUAAUGCGAGUGUGGUGCGCUGUCUGUGGCACCCCAAGCUCAACCAGAUCAUGGUGGGAACCGGUAACGGGCUAGCCAAGGUCUACUACGACCCCAUUAAGAGCCACAGGGGGGCAAAGCUGUGCGUGGUGAAGAGCAAAAUCAAAGAGAAGCACGCUGAAGCGCUAACCCAGGAGUAUGUUAUUACACCUCAUGCCUUGCCCAUGUUCAGAGAGGCCCGGCAGAGAAGCACUCGCAAGCAACUGGAGAAGGACCGACUGGACCCCAAGAAGUCCCACAAACCCGAACCUCCCGUGUCAGGACCAGGUCGAGGCGGCAGAGUGGCAGCUCACGGCGGCACCCUGUCUUCGUUUAUCGUGAAGAACAUUGCCUUGGAUAAAACGGACGACAGCAAUGCUCGGGAGGCCAUCUUGCGGCACGCCAAAGAAGCAUCGGAGAACCCGUACUGGGUGGCCCCGGCCUACAAGAAGACGCAACCCAAUCCUGUCUUUGCUGAGGACUCCGAAGAGGAUGAGGAGACCAAUAAGGAGCCAGAGUGGAAGAAGCGUAAGAUCUGA